UGCAUCUUUUCAUACAUCUCUUUAAAAGCUUCAAAGUUAAAAAAAAUUCAGACAAACGAACUAUAAAUGGCUUUAGUAAGAAGUCUAUUGGGUGCAAAGAAGAUUCUUGGACGCUCUGUAACAGAAGCAGCCGCAACAGGCAAAAGGGCAGCCUCUACGGUACCAAAAGGGUUUCUUGCGGUGUACGUAGGAGAGAGCCAGAAGAAGAGAUAUGUGGUGCCAGUCUCAUACUUGAGCCAGCCUUCGUUUCAAGCUCUUCUCAGAAAAUCUGAAGAAGAGUUUGGGUUCCAUCAUCCAAUGGGUGGCUUAACGAUCCCUUGUCCUGAAGAUACCUUCAUCAAUGUGACGUCUGGGCUCCAAUGAUGAUUAUCCAACAUAUUGUUCUUUG